UGGACCAAACCGUGAGAGAGCCUCCCUUACCUUGUGCUCGUGGUGAAGCUGAUCCUUCCAUUGCUUGGUGCCCCCAAGCUACCCCAAGGCUUACAUCAUGUCAGGUGACCUAGUUGAUUUAAGUCCAGGGCAGUUGCAUAAGCUAGCCGAUCUGAUCCAUCGACAAGAAGUCCAGAAGCUUCAAGAGCUCGAGUUCAACUCGUAUGCAGAGCAACAAAAGUAUCUCCGUGACGCCAAUGAUGCCCGCGAUAAGGUGUAUCACAUCCUUGACAGUGCACGGGACAUGAUAGCACAAACCGAGGCUGAGAAGGAUGCCACCAAGCAAGAUAUUGGCAAGGAUGUCUAUGACUACUGCACCAAGGCCAUCGGAAUAUCUCUCCAAUUCAUCCGGAGUUACAACACCCGUCUCACCUACCUUGACAAGCUCAAGACCCACAGUGAUGAUCUCAUCAAGCAGCUAAAGUUCCUCAAUCCAGCCACCCAACAGAAGGAGGCCCAGCGCCUUGCCCUUGAGGCUGGCAUGUAUAAGAAAGCCACGCUGGAGAAUGCCAAAAAGUUUCAACACUUUGCACCAAAUCAAUUCUCAAAAUGGCUCAAGGAAAACAAAAUCAUGUUUGAGGAUCUUGUGCAAGAAAAUAUGUCAAAGCUUGGUUUUAGGGGGGCUUUCAAAAACUUGGAUGAUAUCCAAAAGCUACAGGUAUAUGACAAUAUUAUUGCGGAAGCGGGACAAGGAAAAUCUGUGGUGACUUACUCAUUUGAAGCUUUGGGAAAAGUCGGGGUGGCAGUUUUAGUUUUUACAGCAGCUGCAAUGGUGUGGGACAUAUACACAGCAGAAGAUAAGCUGGAGGCAGCGGUUAGGGAUUCAGUAAAUGCGUUAACUGCAGUAGUUAACCUUGAGGUGGGAGAAAUAGUUACUACUGCUGUAGAAGCUGGAUUCGUAGCACUAGACAUCGAAAUUGCUUCUGCGGCUGUCACGGUAAUUGGAGGAGUCGUCGGUUUUGGAAUUGGUGCGCUCAUUGGGAUAGCUGCAGGUGCGCUGCUUGACUUGAUUUUCAGCAGUGGAACUAGCAAGGUGGAGAUAACAGACGGGCUUACAGUUUGCCGUGUGGCGCCUAUGCCUCAUGGUCUCGAACUCGCUCGUCUAGUUAAGCACAAUUACCCUGAACUUUAAACCGAUCAUGCUACUACUAUGAUCUUUGCUAUGCUAUCUUCUGCUCUUAGUGCUAGCUACUACUGUCGUGAGUAUGUAAGUGCCUAGUGUGCACUCCUAAAAUAAUACCCCCCGCCCCUGUCGGGAAACUAUUGUAUUCAUGAUGCCAUGAUGAGGAAUAAAAGUCAUGUUGAUUCAA